AUGGCUGCCACAGACACCGAAAGUAUUGCCAAAGAAACCUCUGCAGAAAAGGAUUGCCUUUAUUCUUUAAUGCUAGUUAGUAAUCUAGCUACUACAGAGGAGAUCAAAAAAUCAUAUCGCAAAUUAGCUUUGCAAUACCAUCCAGAUAAACUAGGAUCAGCAGCCACGGACGCUGAACAACAAGAAGCCAAGGAAAAGUUUCAAAAGUUGUCUACUGCUUACGCAAUCUUGUCAGAUCCUUCUCGCAGGGCUCGAUACGAUGCUACCGGUUCACUGGAUGAUUCCAUUUUGAAUCUAAAAGACGACAAUGUUUCAUGGGAUACCUUUUUCCGUGGAAUAUGGUCUGGUGUGGUGAAUGAACAGUCCAUCCAAGACUACAAGAUCAAGUAUAAAUUUUCCGAAGAGGAACGGCGGGAUGUGUUGGACUCGUAUGUCAAGACCAAGGGUGUUUUGCUGAGCAUCAUUGAUUGCGUGCCGCUUUCGACCCUUGAUGACAUUAGUCGUUUCCAAGCCAUAAUCGAAGCCUCCAUUGCUGCAGGAGAGGUGGAACAUUUUAAAAAGUUUCCUCACGUUAAUUCCCGUGAAAUUGCUCGGCGCAGAAAGUUGGAAGCUAAAGAAGCAAAAGAAGUAGAGCAGCUACUGGAGGAUAAUGUAACUAAAAAAAAGCACGGAGCCAAGAAUGACAACAAAAAGCCCAAGCCCAAAAAUGCAAAGAAUUACAUUGAUGGAGAUACUGACAAUGCAGAUAUUAUAGGUGAUGAAAAUACUCUUGCAACCAUGAUUCAAGCCAAAAAUACUUCUAGAAUGGAAUCACUGAUUUCUAGACUAGAAGAAAAAUACCAACCAAAGUCUGUAAAGAGAAAAAGGGUAGCAAAGACCGCAGACUCCAAGUCCAGCUCAGCAGAGUCCAAUUCCAAGGUUAAACCUACCGAUAUCGGGAAAUUACAAAAUACGGAGCCAUCAGCCACUUUAAAUGAUUUGAAGAAUAUGAAAUCUGCUUCACAGGAAACCACUUCUUCACCAUCCAACACGCUAUCUGAAUCUAGACAUCCUGUAAGCGACGAAGCUGUUGAUGAUGACAGUGAGGGGAAAACUGAGACUAGUAGUAAUUCUACUUUUACAGAAACUCGCAAGGCACGAGGAAACGCAAUAUCCGCCCCAUCACGCUCGUCUAAAUCUACUACGACUACAAGACGUUCAAAAACACGCAUCAAGUGA